UCGUAGUGUUAGUGAUCGCAACCAUCGCAUCGCAGCGCGGGGUUCGCCCGUGCGAAUGGAUACGUAAAAUGGCGAGGUGCAGUUGUUAUUUACUCUCGCCGAACGCAUCCAAGUGAGAGAAAAUCGAAGGGAAAACGAGUCAAAGUGCUGAGUACGGUCACUGACUCGAAUUUGUUACGGCGUGUUUAUACAACACAACUCGUGCGAAUGCUCGUUGUACCGCAUAAAUACUAGCAGAUUCCUCUACAGACAUGAUAUUGAUGGAUUGAUCUAAAUCAAUGUAUUAGCACAAUCCAAUUUUGGUCUUUAUUAAUUGAAAAAGGAUCAUAUUUGCUAACACCUAAGUUUUGAAUAAUAUGGAUACACAUUAUUAUAAUGUUGUGCAUAAUGCCAGUGGUACUUUCACAUUAGAAGAAGUACCAAGAAUCUGUACUGCAGACGGCCAACAUAUUCAGUUUGUUGUUGAGGAUGUUAGUGAUAGCAGUAAUGGUUCACAACGGCUUGUGACUUAUACUACUGCACCACAAAACAGGCAGGCAAUAUUAACCCCGCAAACUAUUAAUUUAGGGAAUCAAAUAUCUACGACGCGAUUGGAACAAGGACAAAAUGUCUAUAUAAUCAAAACAAAUGAUUUAUCUGAAACCCAGGAGAUACUAAAACAAGAAGUAUUAAAUACCGUGAAUGCACAUAUUGUUAAUGAAAAUAUUGUGAGCAUUGCAAGUAAUACUGGUAUUAAGGCAGAAUGUAAAAAUGAAGGGCAGUCAGUGCAGUUUAUGAAAAUACCAAACGCUAAUACUUCCACAGUAGCGAAGCAAAAUGCAUUGUUAGAAAAAAAUCAAACUGCCAUUUUAACUAAAAGUAAUAUACAAAAUAAUAUCACACCGCCUUUUUAUGUAAAUUCUGAAUCAUAUCCAUGUCAGAUGGAAAAAAAAUUAAGUAUUAAACCUUGUCAGAUUAAAAGUCGACAAUUAACAAAUAACGUUGUGGGUAUUGUAUCUCAAACUCCAGGAAUAAAGGUAGUAACUACGAUGGAAAACCGGAUUCAAAAUUCUAAUACAACUGGUCCUAAAUCUACGCUAUCUGUCUGUAAAACUAUCGGUUCACAAAGACAUCUUGUGGCUGUGAGACCUGUUCGUACUCCUAAUUCGAAUAUUUCGCACGUGCGACCUGUGGCAAUAGUUCCUCCUGAAAUUUCUAAAACACCAACGAGAAUGCAACCUCCGGAUAUGGAGCAUUUAAAUGAGCAAAUCAAGCAAGCCAAAAUUAAACAGUUAAAACUACAACUCGAGAAACAAGGAUUUUUUCAAAAUAACACACGACAACUCUCUCAUACUUUGCAGCAUAUUCAUUCCUCGUCGCAUAAUCCCCCGCGUCAAUUUAUAAGUUCUACGCAACAAAGAACGCAACAGAUUUCAAUCUCUACACAACAAGUACCGAAACCAUCUGUAGUAAUGUCAGUCUCUUCAUCAGCUGAACAUAAUACACCCGUUACUAAUACUGAUAUGGAAGUCAAUCCUUCGGAACUUGUUCAAGAGAAAGGGCAUGGUACACAACAGUCUUCUUCACCACGAUUAGAACAUGAAAGCAGUUCAAGUGAAAGCAUCGCUUACCUUAAAAACACAAUUAAUGAUCCAGCAAAUGCCGUAGUUCAGCAACAAAUUCAAGGAAAUACGGCAAAAAUGUUAGUAAUGUUAGCCACAGGAGAACAGAGACUAAUCACGUUCGACAUACCGAACGAGGACUGCACUGUACACGACCUAUUGGAUCAGGUGAAUAUUCCAUUCCCUCAUGAAACACAAGUUUCCCUGGUGGAUGAUCCCGCACUGGGUAUAAACUACAUAGUGGAGCCAAGAGAUUCCGGGGUGCUGUCAACAUCCUUCGAGGGUACUGAUGGCGAUUGUAACACUACUCAGGAAAUUGUGAGCUCCACUGCAAAAAUUGAAAAUUUAUCCCAAAGUAACAAUGCAUCGGAUGAAAAUAGUAACACCUCUUCACAAACUAUUGAGGAACCUAUUUUGGUCAAAGGAAUGCUUGCUCUCUGUCCACACUGCGGAUACAGUUCACUAUUCUUCAACCGAUGUGAACGAUGUAAUACAAAAAUAAAAAUUGAUGGAGUCAAAUCGAUACCCAUAGCAGAAAGGAAGGAGGCUGGGAUGUCUGUCGAUAUGUUUUAUAAGAAGAACAACGAACGAAAUGCUACGAAAUCAGAGAAAAUAGAACGAGAUGGUCCCAAGCGGUCCAAGGGAAAAGCUAAAGGUACAGCUUCCAAACCAAAGCCUAUUCAUAAAGAGCCAGAAUGUUUGACAAUAUCUUCUGAUGAAGAGGAAGAAGGUAGACCUAAAAAAACUGGAAGCAUUAAUAAUAACGCAGUAGUAGGAAACGCAAGUAACACAUUUAAUGAAGAGGACACUAUUGUGGAUAAGGAACCAAUAAUUACAAAUACUUCUGCUUUUAAUUUAUAUGACGAUGUUAUGGACAAUGAAGAAAAUAGUAAAGAAAUAUAUGAAAAUCAGAACUUUUUGGAUGUUGGGCAACUACCACAAACUGCUCUAGAAUGUCGAACAGUCAGAAUAGGUUCUUAUAAAUAUAUUCCUCGGGAAAAAGUAGUGAUUUCCCAAAGUGGUGUAAGAUUUAGCGUACCAUUGUUAGAAGAUGAUGCAAGUUUUGUUACUUUUGACGUGAAGUAUAAAGAUAUAGUUAAACUUUUAAUUCAUUUUGGAAAGACAAUGCCAGUACUAUUCUUUUAUACAUCUGUAAAUACAGGAGCCAUGAUACGUGAAUUAUUAGGAAUGCAAGAUCCAAAGGGGCCAUAUUAUGACCCUGCUGGGAAAGAUCACACACAUAAACGUAUUACAUUAUUACCAGAUAAGUUACCGGAUGAUUCAAAGGUGAUAUUAACAAGCUUAUUCUCACGAGGAGAUAAAAUAGACGAAUUAAGUCCUAAAGAAGCUAACGAUAUACUUAUACGGGCAUCACCAAGAGAUUGUUUACAAUCACAUAAUACUACACGGAAACAGAGUCAAAACGUAGCAAAUACUACUGCUGUUAGUGAUGACAUACAAACAAUAACUGUAUAUCCACCACCUCCUGCAAAAGGAGGAAUAGCUAUCAACACUGAAGAUUACUUAUGUCUUGCGGAAGAUCAAUUCUUGAAUGAUGUCAUUAUAGAUUUUUAUUUAAAGUAUUUGACCUUAGAGGUAUUAUCAGAAUCUGAUCAACAUAGAACUCACGUGUUUAGUUCGUAUUUUUACAAACGUUUAACUAGUCCACAUGCCCAAGCUGCCGAAAGCACCGUGCCAAUGACGCCUGCCGCCAAACGGCACGCGAGAGUACAGAAGUGGACGAAAAAUGUCAAUAUAUUUGAAAAAGAUUUUGUCAUAAUUCCCAUAAACGAACACGCACAUUGGUUCUUGGCUAUUAUUUGCUUUCCUGGGUUAGUUGGAAAAGUAUCCACCUGUACUGCAAAAACUAGCGAAAACUAUGUUAAUAAGACUCCACAAAAAAGUAAAAAAAUAAAAGAAUUAAAAGCAAAAGCUGUCACAAUUGGCUCUACAACAAUCACUCCUGUACCAACGACCAUAACGAUAGACCAGUUAGAUGAUGAUGGAUCUGAGAGAGACGAAGCAGAAGGCGACGAUGAUGAAAUGGAAACGGACAGUGACGAAGAGGACGAGAUAGAUCAAUCAGAAAAAGAUAAAAUCCAAAUUAAUGUUAAGCUCGAAGAGCAGAAGGAAACUGUCAGGAAUCCCUGUAUAUUGAUAUUCGAUUCGCUUGCUGGUGCUAGUAGAUCACGAGUGGUCGCUACGUUAAGAGAUUAUUUAAGUUGUGAACAUGUUGCCAAACUUGGUGUAGAAAAGACGUUCUCGAAAGAUACUAUUAAAGGAGCGUGUCCAAAAGUACCCCAGCAAUCAAAUUUUACUGAUUGCGGAUUAUAUGUUUUACAAUAUGUGGAAAGUUUUUUUAAGGAUCCUGUUAAAGAUUAUACUUUGCCAAUUAAAACCUUGAAAACAUGGUUUGAGGAAAUUGUUGUAACGAGAAAAAGGGAAGAAUUAUCGAACUUAUUAAUUAAAUUGAUGAAUACUAAAGGGGGUAAAACUAUUAACUUACCUACUGUAAAUUUCCCUACGCAAGAUGGCAAGUUAAAACCGAAGGUUGAAAAUCAGACAGAUGUAAAGACUGCGAAGUCGGAAUCUGAGAAUAAUAAAAGAAGAUCUACGAGUGAUGCAGAUACACGAAUGGUCACAUUUGUGACAGAAAAUAAUGAAUCAGCUAACGAGGUCGUUAGUAGAACUUAUCAGAUCAUUCCUUAUUCAUUGAGUUCUAAUUCAUCUGAGAGUAAUUCUUCGGAUAUGUUAACGGAACAAAAAAUGACUAGGAUAAUGCCUGGAUCAAUAGACUUGAUAGUGUCUACAGCGUACAUUGGAGUCACGAUUUGGAUAGCGUAUUGGCUAAGACUAUAUGCAUUAUUUUAUCUUGAUUCUUAUCCCCUUACAAGAGCUUUGGUUUUUGAAUUCAUAGCUACAGCAGAACUUUGCGGGGCAUGUUUCGAGCUCAUUAUAAUUGCGGACAAUUGGGGAGUAUGGAUGUACGCGCUUUAUUUGUUUCUACUAACAAUCUGGUGGUCGAUAAACUGGUAUGAAGCUUCUGCGUGUCCUUAUACACACAUGGAGGAUGUAGUAAUACGUAAAAAGCCCCUGAUUGUCGCAUUUUUAUUAAUAUGUGCGGAAUUGGCCGGCGGUCUUCUUAUAUUUAAGUACAUUCAAAUAUUGUGGGCGUUACAAUUUGCUUCUACGCACAAGAAUAGAGCCUAUGGCGAUUGUACUACAGAUUUGCAGGUGUCCGCUAUAACUGGAGCGCUUGUGGAAUGCAUUGCAACGUGCAUGUGCAGAGUGGUGUCUCGCGUGCUGGGUGACCUGAACCCGAGGUUUAGCACGAUCAUCGAUGCCUUCGUGGGGACAUCUUUAGUAGUUGCAGCUUUCAAUUACACCGGCGGUUACUUUAAUCCUGCACUGGCAACUUCUUUAAAAUAUGGUUGUCUAGGAACCUCAUCCAUGGAGCAUGUGAUAGUUUAUUGGAUUGGAGCAUGCAUCGGGUCUAUCGCCUCUUUGCACGUAUACCGUAUGUCGUUUGUACAAAAUUUCAUUCAAGUACAGGAAAGUACAAAUGCCAUUUAUUAGAGAAAAAAUUCGGUAAAAUUAUUUUCAAGAGAAUUUAUAAAUGUUUGUGUUAUAAUUAUAAUCAUCAGUACCUCUUUAAUAUUGCAUAAAAGUCUAACAAUGUACAAAAUUGCGUGCCAAAAUUAAACGAUAGUUUUAUACAUUCCCAUUGUCGUGUAAAUAAUUAUGAACUUGUUCGCAGUUCUGAUUACACUUCGGAGACAAAAAAUGUUCUAAAAUUG